AUCGAACAAGAUGAUCGGCUUGAAUGUGAUGUUGCUGGACAAGGGGGAGGAGACGUUGCUGGUGGUGGUGGCCGUCGUCCUGCUCCUCGUUGUCGUGAUGAGCACAGGAACAAGCGAGCGAGUCUUGUGUGUCCGUUCUUUUUCCAAGACGAUCAAGCCGUCACUGACUCAGUGUACUGGCAGUCUGUAGAAGUGAGAUUAGUAGUUGAUGUCAACGACGGAGCAGGAACGGAUCUACAUCGACCCGCUCCUGGACUUUGAGACCAGGAUAUAGGAUAUAAGAUCAGGACGGAUACAAGACAAACUCCAAGAAGAGGAUUGUGCUGUCGGUUGAAUUCGUUGGCCUCACGUUGCUCACUCACUCUGGAGCCUCCAUUGGGCACCAAUCCUGUUAUUCGAACCCAUUGACGAGCAACAUCAUCCACUUGUUUCAUUAGUUGGUUCCGUGUUCUAGGAAGUGAUUCGUUGUCGUAUUGGGUGACAUUGGCUCUAUUGGCCAUGACCAUGUUGGUGACAGAUUCUGCUUGGUUGUUCCGGUGCUGCAAUAACAAAGCGGUUGCAAGUGACUUUUAAGUUCAAGUGUGUACAUCGGUGGAUUUGCAACUCACAAAUCGUUCACAUCGCCACGCGCUUUUUGCUCUCUGCUCGCCGCUUCAGUGGCGUCAAUAAUACCAACCCUAGAUUGACCCCCAUUAAGACGAGGACAAGUCGUCCUAAAGUUCAUCAAUGGUGACCACACCCGACCAGAAGAAGGGACCCCCGACAUCUUCGGCCAACUCGGCUGGGUCCACAACAGUCAAGAAAGAUUCGCCAUCUCCUCCGAGUGGUCUUCAGGUGAGAAAGCCGAUGCUUCAACGCUAAAACCCUCAUUUGAGCGCAGAAGAGGCGUCGUUGGUAGGCCGUAUCAAAGACUAACCAACGUCAACGGUUCCAGGAUUAACACACAUUGAAAGAAACAAAAGGCUGGGACUAAUCCAUUCUAGGGCCUACUCUCUCACAAUUAUUACGAACCGGAGGUCUUGGCUUUCCUCCGGGAACCACACAUUCAGACGUGGAACACCAUUUACAUCAUCACCACCAACAGCUUCAAGGCAGACAUCUCCGAGGAGGAGGCAGUGAUAGUGGAGGAGGGGGAGGCCAAUCGCCGCAUUCCAAGGACUUGGAACACUUUGCUGCCGCUCAACGACUCGCCGCGCUUAUCUCAGCAUCCAACAUGAAGGUCCCGCCCAUCACGUUGCCCACGGGGCAACUGCCCAUGCCCUUGACAGCGGAUCUUUUAUGGCGAUACCCCAAUCCAUUCAUGCCACAACCUCCUCCAUCGCCUUUGGAGAGUCAUCUCAAGGCCCACUUGCCCGCGGGUUUGGGCCACGACCCUCGUCAUUGGUCAAGAGAGGACGUGUCUGUGUUCAUGCGCUACUGUGAAGGAGAAUUCGAUCUGGAGAGAAUAGACAUGGACAAGUUUCAAAUGAAUGGAAAAGCUUUAUGCCUACUCAACAAGAUGGACCUGGCGGAGCGAUGCUCUGGUGCAGGCGAUGUGAUUCACAACAUCCUUCAAUUGCUCAUCCGAGAGUCCAGUGGGUUCCCUCCUAAUAGUCCACUUACGCCUCGCCCUCCGGGUUUGAUGACCCCCACCAGUCCAGCUUUCCCUGCCUCACCCUGGCCCCUCCUCACGGGUGCCGUCUCCUCAGCCAACGAAUCUGCCGGAGCUGGUGCCACAUUUCCCACCCUGAGCCAUCUCAUCUCGCAAACCAAUUCGGUCACUCUAAGUCCGGCUCCGUCCAUUGACUCGCAAAACGGUGGAUCGCCCAAACACAACGAGGCCUUAGCGGCUGCUGCAGCAGCAGCCGCAGCGGCCGCCUCAACCGGGAUUACCUCCAUUCAUCAACUCUAUCCCAAUCCUAAAAACAACCUGUCGUCAUCGGGAUCUCAGGGCCAGGGUAAAGGUCAAUCUCAUUCGCACACCAAUGGCAAUGGCCGCGCACCCUCGGGUUCGAGUUCCCAUUCAGAUUCGGAGGACUCGGCCGAGCGAUCCCCCUCAGCCAUGAGUACCCCGCGAACGCCCACUGGACCGAUGAGGUCGCCUCGAGAUGCGGCACCGACCUCCUCCACCGGUAAAGAAGAGACUCCGGAGUUGAACACAAACGGACGACUUCUUUGGGAUUUCCUGCAGCAACUCCUGAAUGAUUCCCAGCAACGAUAUACGAACUACAUUGCUUGGAAAGACAAGGAAACGGGCGUUUUCAAGAUAGUUGAUCCGGCCGGAUUAGCCAAGCUUUGGGGCAUCCAGAAGAAUCACUUGUCGAUGAACUAUGACAAGAUGUCUCGUGCUCUGAGGUACUACUAUCGGGUGAACAUUCUCCGAAAGGUUCAGGGCGAACGUCAUUGCUAUCAAUUUCUGAGGAACCCAAGUGAACUGAAGAGUAUCAAAAAUAUUUCCCUUCUACGUCAACAAAUGGAGGCUCAAGCCGCUGCCCACAAACUGGCUUCGCAACAGGCCGCCCAACAAGCCGCACUUCAUGGUCUUGCCACCGUGGAGGAGGGCUCUAACGGGGGAGACGGAGAUCGCCCCGAGUCCCCGUUGCAAGGUCCCAUUACAUCGUCCUCGUCAUACGAUGAACCCACAGACCUGUCCAUGGACACCGAGGAGAAGCGAGCUCGCCUUCACGACCGGUACAAACGGGAGUUCAUGUCGGAGCAGCGCUCAAGUUCGGGCUCCUCGGCAGAAGCGGCCAUUUCAGAGCGGGAUCGAGAGCAACACGAGUCUCGGUUCCAUUAUUCGCAUCUCAUUCCGCAGGUGUCAAUCAAAACCGAGAAUUUUUGAAAGGAUCCCAACUCUGACUUGAUUGAGAUUGUUUCAAUGAAAAACAAACACUUGGGUGAUAUUCGUUCGAUCGAAGCCAUACACACACACACAUACACAUAUACACGCUACACAUUCUUACACAAGCAGUGAAACUGGAACAGGUUAAGCUGACCUCUGAGGUCGCUAGCAGUUUUUCCUUCUCGCUGAUUAUGGCUCCUAAUUAUGGCAAACGACAAGAUAAUCGAUGUCUUGUAACACUUCUCCUAUUGUAAAAUCGUGCUUUUGUACACGUGAAUGUGUCUUCCACUUACAGAUAAUAGCACUAUCAUCCCAACUAUCUAAAUUGAUGCAACAAAUGUAAAAUUCUAAACGAUGACAAACUAGAGAACCCCGAAUUCGCUGAUACCCGCCCCAUCCCCGUGUCCGUCUCUCAAUUGGCCGCAAUUCAGAUUUCAGCUUGCUUCUUCACGGGUUUGCUCCUCACUUUCACAGUACAUCGGCCAAGAUUUGAUGGUCAUCUUUAACCUCCCAUUGCCCACCUACCCGCCCCGCCCCGCCCGCGACAGACAGAUUCAGAGAUACUUGAAAUAAUCGAGUUUUCUGAAUGUACAAAUUGACCAUGCUUGAUCCUCCCCCUACCUAUGGAAACACGACGAAACACCAAUCUUAAGAUUUUUCCGGCUCUUUUUGGCUCUUUCCCUCCCUGGAGAGUCCGGUAAUUUAAGUUUUACCCGUCCAAGAUCUGGUGUCUGUCUGUUUUCGUUCUUCGACAUUUCCUCACUCACACACCCAACCUCGCCCGGAGGCCCCAAAAUGAUUAUCUAAUCUCUGUCUGGCUCGUUUUAUUUACCCCUCGUACAGAAAGGAGGCCUAAUCCUCUAUUUAACAAACAGAUCAAGAAUAUUAAUAGUCUAUUCAGCUCAACAACUAUACAUUAUUCUCUGGAAAAAUGAAGAAAUGUUUUGAUAUUUAGGAAAUAAUAAACAAAUUGUCACAUGUACUAAAA